AAGUCACCGGAUCGUUUAGCGACGGCCAGUUGGUGGUGGCUCUGCGGUUACGUUGUAAGAGUGCUUAAAGGACCGCUGUUGCAAACUCACUAAGCAUGGCUUCCAAUCCAAGUGUAUUGAUGCGUCUCGUGGCCUCAGCAUAUUCUGUUGCUAAUAAAGCAGGAGCAAUUGUCAGGAAAGUGAUGGCUGGAGGAGACCUGGGCAUAGUAGAGAAGUGUGGAGCUAAUGACCUGCAGACUAAAGCUGACCGACUGGUACAGAUGAGCAUUUGUUCUUCCUUGGCACGGAAGUUUCCUAAGGUGACAAUCAUCGGGGAAGAGGAUCUUCCCUCUGAAGAUGUAGAUGAAGACUUGCUUGAGGAUGGCCAGUGUGAGGAGAUAUUGAAGAAAGUCUGUCCAUCUCAGUAUACUGCCAUCAAAGAGGAAGAGCUUGUCGUAUGGGUCGACCCUCUGGAUGGAACCAAAGAAUACACUGAAGGACUUCUUGACCAUGUAACAGUUCUUAUUGGAAUUGCUUACGAAGGAAAAGCAAUAGCAGGAGUCAUUAACCAACCCUACUAUAACUAUGAGGCAGGUGCAGAUGCAGUCCUAGGCAGGACAAUCUGGGGAGUUCUAGGUUUGGGAGCCUUUGGAUUUCAGCUGAAGAACAUGCCAGCUGGGAAACACAUCAUCACCACUACACGGUCACACAGCAGCAAGCUGGUAAACGAUUGCAUUAGUGCAAUGAACCCUGAUAGUGUGGUGAGAGUUGGGGGUGCAGGAAAUAAGAUCAUUCAACUUGUAGAAGGCAAGGCUUCCGCUUAUGUAUUUGCCAGUCCCGGUUGCAAGAAAUGGGAUACAUGUGCACCAGAGGCUAUUUUGCAUGCAGUCGGAGGCAAGCUUACUGAUAUUCAUGGGAAUUUCUUUCGUUAUAACAAAGAAGUCAAGCAUAUGAAUUCAGGAGGUGUCCUUGCUGCCUUGAAAAACCAUGACUAUUAUGCCAGUCGUGUCCCUGAGACAGUUAAACAAGCCCUUGUGCCUUAAAAUACCAAGGAUGGUUGGGAAGAAGCUUCAGCGACUAUAUUGUUUUUAGCUGGAAUUGGUAACGGUUUAUAGAAUUGGAUCAAAGUUUCAUUCUAUUGCAAUAUUUAGUGAUUUUUUAAAAAGGUGUACAAUAGUUUCCUGGUUACAGUGGGCAUUAAAUUUGGUUUUCAGUGGGAAUAGUAGAUUAAUUCAAUUAGCACAGAUAAUUGAGAAAAGUUGUGCUGCCCUAUUGCUGUGUUUGUUGUUAAUUAUUCAGUAGGAAUUUAUAUAGAUUAACACUUUGUUCAAUCACAUUUCACUAAUAACUCGAGGAAGAUCACAAACUAUAAAUGAGCCACUGUAAUAUUUAAUGGUGCAAAAUAAUCUCUGUACAAAAAAGAUGAUAUCCACAUGAUCACAGGGCAGGAUUGCACUGUUUGCCCUCUUCUCAUGCUAAGCUUCUUCAAUGUGGAUGACAUCCAUGCCAAUGCAUAGCCAGCAUGGGGUCAGGACCACCAGUGCAGCCCCAUUCACCUGUCAUUGCAUGAUGCUCUGUUCAUGUGAUUCACAUAUGAGGAUGCUAUAAACAUAUGUAUUUCAGCUUUUAUACACCGAAAACAGUGUGUCUUGAGUGGAUUUAAAUGUAAUUAAAAAUGAUUUCUAGUUCUUAAA